GCUCGCUCGUGCCCCGGAAACUGCCCCUUUUCAGGGGUCAUGAUGGGCAGCAAGAUGGCGUCUGCCACUAGGGUCGUUCAGGUAGUCAAACCACACACUCCAUUAAUAAGGUUUCCUGACAGAAGAGACAAUCCUAAACCCAAUGUAUCAGAAGCUUUGAGAUCAGCAGGGCUACCACCUCACUCUUCUGUAAUUUCACAACAUUCUGAGGGAAGUAAAUCACCAAAUUUGCUGAUGUAUCAGGGUCCACCAGAUACUGCAGAAAUAAUAAAAACAUUACCUCAGAAAUACAGAAGAAAACUUGUAUCUCAAGAAGAAAUUGAAUUUAUCCAACGUGUCUUUGCUGAAGUGCCCACAAGCCUUCACUCCCUGCCCACUCUCUCCCUCUUAAGGCACCCUCAGAUCAAACCACUGGACUUUCCCAAGGCAGCCACUGACUUACACCAGACCCUGCUGGCAUAG